GCUCUCGAAGCACCGCCCUCAAACUUGAAAAGCACGGCGACGCGUUUAGGUUCCUCCUCUCCGCCUCUACUCAUCGGCCAGGCUUCAGCCUCUUCACCCAACCUCAGCUCGAUCAACACGCGAACUCGCAACCAUGUCAGAGAAAAUUGCCUUCAAAGUUGCUGACAUCAGCCUGGCCGAGUGGGGGCGCAAGGCCAUCGACAUCGCCGAGAACGAGAUGCCAGGCCUGAUGAAGAUGAGGGAGCUGUACGGCGCCUCCAAACCUCUGAAGGGCGCCCGGAUCGCCGGAUGUCUGCACAUGACUCUGCAGACUGCCGUGCUCAUUGAGACGCUCACCGCCCUCGGCGCCGAGGUUCAGUGGUCCAGUUGUAACAUUUUCUCCACUCAGGACCACGCUGCAGCAGCCAUCGCUAAAACUGGCGUCCCAGUGUACGCAUGGAAGGGCGAAACGGACGAGGAGUACAUGUGGUGCAUCGAGCAGACCAUCUUCUUCAAAGACGGGCAACCUCUCAACAUGAUCCUGGAUGACGGUGGCGACCUCACCAACCUGGUCCACAGCAAGUACCCCAAACUGCUCCAAGGCAUCCGCGGCCUGUCAGAGGAAACCACCACGGGCGUCCACAACCUGUACAAGAUGAUGAAAAAGGGAGAGCUCAAGGUGCCCGCCAUCAACGUCAACGACUCGGUCACAAAGAGCAAGUUUGACAAUCUGUACGGCUGCCGCGAGAGCCUCAUUGACGGCAUCAAGCGCGCCACUGAUGUGAUGAUCGCCGGCAAAGUGGCGGUGGUGGCGGGCUACGGCGACGUGGGCAAAGGUUGUGUGCAGGCGCUGCGUGCCUUCGGAGCCCGCGUGAUCGUCACGGAGAUCGACCCCAUCAACGCCCUGCAGGCUGCCAUGGAGGGCUAUGAGGUGACCACCAUGGACGAAGCCUGCCAUGAAGGAAACAUCUUUGUCACCACCACCGGCUGUGAGGACAUCAUACAGGCGAAGCACUUUGAGAGCAUGAAAGACGACGCCAUCGUGUGCAACAUCGGACACUUUGACUGUGAGAUUGACAUGAGCUGGCUCAACCACAACGCUGUAGAGAAGAUAAACAUCAAGCCACAGGUGGACCGCUACCGGAUGAAGAGUGGACGCCACAUCAUUGUGCUGGCUGAGGGCAGGCUGGUGAAUUUGGGCUGCGCAAUGGGACACCCCUCGUUCGUCAUGAGCAACUCCUUCACGAAUCAGGUUCUGGCUCAGAUCGAACUGUGGACCAACAACGACAAAUACCCCCUAGGCGUCUACUUCCUCCCCAAAAAGUUGGACGAACAGGUGGCGGAGGCCCACUUGGACAAGCUGGCUGUGAAGCUGACCAAGCUGACUGACAAACAGGCCAAAUACUUGGGGCUCCCCACAGAAGGACCCUUCAAGCCCGACCAUUACCGCUACUGAUGCUGGCAGCCAAAAAAAGUGUGGUUGUUUCUUGGACUCAUCUGCUGCCCUUUGCUCUUUUUAACUGAAUCAAAUUAAGCCUUUUCCCUGGAGCAUUUUUAGCUAGCUAACUAACUACUUGGAGUGGCCUUCUGCCAGUUAGUACUUGUCACCCACCAAGUCUUCUGUCAGGUACAGCAGAGGACAGAGGAUUUUUGACAAGGUCUUAAUACGUCAUGACUAAUUAAUUUAAUUUGACUUUGUCAACUGACUAAUGUUGCAACAUUACUGAUGAUUGUGAACAAUAAACUUGGUCAUUUCCUUUUU